AUGAAUGAUCUAGGGAGUGGCUCUUUGGCGUUCAGAGCCAUGCGGACACAUAUCUUAGGCUCCCUGCUUUCGCUAUUGUUGACGAGUGACGAGAUCAGGCCGCCCGUCUACAACAAAGCCCAGCAAAUUCGUAACUCUUCGACACUUCAGCUCGCAAGGCUAACCACAUUUGCCCAAGUUCAGCCCGUCAAAUCGUCGACAUGGCCUCUAAGCCUGGCUCGAGCCUUCUAUAAGUCCGAUCCAGCAAAGUCGCUCUGGGCAGCCACUGCAGUUUUCACAAGCACUCAUCAAUUUGCAGAAUUCGGUCAAGGGCAAUGGUUAACCCAGGUCAUCCAAGUCGUGGCUGUCAGGCAUGUAGGUCUGCCAAGACUAAAUGCAGCGAAGAACAGCCUUGUUGCCGCCGUUGCGUCAAACCAUGAACGCAUGGACCGAAACGAAUCGAAUGAUGGGAGAGCAUCACCAGGCACCAUACCAGUCCUUCCGACUCCCAGGCCUUGGGUCCACGAUGCUCCAGACCAACUAGACUCAACUUGGGGCAGCUUUGAUAGCCUACCAGCGGCAUAUGGGCGCGAGGACUUGCCGUAUCUCUCUAGCGCAGUUGAGGCCUGCGCCAUCUCGUACCUGGCAGUCUCUACGGGAAAGGCCAAUCUCGACGACCUAGCCUCCCAGGCCUAUGGCAAGACGAUCACUCUGUUCGCUCCGAUCGUACAAGAACCGAAGAAGGCAGCUUCCGAUGCAAGCUUAGCCUGUAUGAUGCUGCUCUCUCUGUAUGAAACGAUUUCGGGCACGAAGCCAGCAACCGAGCUAUUCCAUGCACACCAGGGAGGCCAAGCCGCGGCGGUGUAUUUGCGUAUGCGGCAUCAUGAGGCAGAGGUCUCAACAUGGAGUGAUAAGUCCAUUUUGAGUCAGACAAACCGACAGCUUCUGUGGCGCGACAUAGGGCACCGGACAGUACCCAAAUUCGGAUCAAGCAUAUGGCCUGAGAACACAUACCGGAGUUGGUUGGACGAAGCGGUAGCUCGAAUAACAUCGCGAGUCACUACUUCUUGCGGCCAAGUGAAGGAACUGCAAACAGCCUUUCUGCACGGGGACGCUGGAAUUUUGGCCACGAAAUUGGCCCGAUGUACUGAUGAGGCCCUGGCGGUAUACUCUGCGAUAGAAACAUGCGUUGACGCGGCUCCGCAGACAUGGAAGCCUCAAAUAGGCCCGCAGCAUGAAGAAUCAGCAUUCUGCCGGGCGACACCGCGCAGCCUUUCCAAUCUCGAAAGUCAACUUGCGGAUUUCUCCCUUCACUCCCAAAACAUGGAAUUGUCAGACGAAGACGUUUGUACACGUGCAUACAGGCCUCGUGUUGACGUAUAUCCCAGCAGAGCGAUCAUGACCCUGUGGAACAUGAUGCGCGGCGUCCAGCUACAUCUCAUCCGGGCCAUGAUGGACCUCAGGUCCAUGACAACAGAGAACACGAGCUCGGCUCUUCCAAGCUUCGCUGAUCUUCAACAAAAGCUCUCAGAAACGGUACACCAUAUCUGUGGCAGCAUUCCAUACGCUCUUGGGGACGUUGCCAGGAAUGAAGUGAUCUCUGGACCAUCAGCCGAUCUUCCUGCCUUACUUUGGGUUCUGCACAAAGUGUGCUGCAUUCCAGGUUUGAGUCCAGAGAUUCGUUAUUGGGCGAACGACACAUACGCCAAGUCUGCGAGAAGGAUUCCAGCAUGA